AUGGCAACAAACAGACCUAUAUUACAAUUGACCAGUUACUUUCUACUAUUGCUAUGUGUUGGAACUAUUGCGAUUGAAGCCAUCAACUUAAACGAUAAACUUGGCAACUGCUUCUACUAUCCAUCAUCAUGUACCAAGACAUCUACAUGUGUGGUGGGAGUAAAUCAGAAGGCAACAUGUGUUAAACAAGGUGCCACAGGAGUUAGUCUAGUUACAAAGGUUACACAGUCAUUCUAUGAUGUUGGAAUCUCAAAGACUAUUAAUGUGUAUGAGGUGGAUAUUAUUAAUAGUUCUGGAGCACAGCUGCGAGGAUUCCAAGUGGCAACAAAGGAUAAGCUGCCACUGAGGGAUCACCUUGCAUUCUGGAGUGCUGAGAGAAUGCCCAAUGGUGACUUUGUAAUGCCGCCACACCAAGUUGUCAUCAACAAUGGUACAACAUUCCCAUUCGGAUACAAACAUAAUAUAUAG